GGGAGAGGAGGCCGUCUGCAGCACAGAAGAUAAAGGUUUUGGUUUGUGGUGAAACAACAACAUGUCGUUCUUCAAGCAGUUCUUCAAAGACGUGAUCCGUAAGAGACAUCCUGACGAGGACACCGUCAAGGUGAAGGGGAAGGAGAAGCCUAAGUAUUAUGGGACAGUGACUCCGUAUCCAAACUUCAACGCCAGCAGCGACGCCUCCACUCUGCAGAGCGCCAUCCAAAGUAAAGGCGUGGACGAGGACGUGAUCAUUGCCGUCCUGGUGAAGAGAAGCAACGAGCAGAGACAGAAGAUCAAAGCUGUUUAUGAAGCGUCCAGCGGGAAGAGUCUGGAGGAGGACCUGAAGGCGGUCCUCAGGUCAGAUCUGGAGGACGUGGCUCUGGCUCUGCUCAAGACUCCGGCUCAGUUCGACGCCUUCCUCAUGAGGAAAGCCACAAAGGGUUUUGGAACAGAUGAACACGUUCUGACUGAAGUUCUGGCUACCAGAUCAAACCAACAGAUCAGAGAGCUGAAGAGAGUCUUCAAACAAGAGUACCAACAAGAGCUGGAGGAUGUGAUUAAAGACGAGACGAGCCGAGAGUUCACCACGGCGCUGCUCGCCAUGCUGAAGGCCGACAAAGACGAGGGGACGGAGAUAGACAGGGAGCUGGCCCGCCAGGACACGCAGGUUCUGUUCGAGGCGGGGGAUCAUCCUGAUGGGAUCGAUGUUGCCGUCUUCAUCGACAUCCUGACGUCACGCAGCGGACCGCAGCUCGCCAAGAUGUUCCAGCACUACGCUGCCGGCAGUGACGUGUCUCUUCCUAAAGCUCUGGACAUGCACCUGAGAGGAGACAUCGAGGACUGUCUUAUCGACAUCGUGAAAUGUUCCUGGAACACUCCAGCUGUCUUCGCUGAGAAACUCCAUCACGCCAUGAAGGGCCACGGGACUUGUGAGGACACGCUGAUCAGGGUGAUGGUGAGUCGCUCCGAGGUCGACCUGAAGAAGAUCAUCCAGGAGUACAGAGCCAUGUACGACACCAGCCUGCAGGAGGCCAUUCUGGAGGACACUAAGGGACAUUAUGAGAAGAUCCUGCUGGGACUCUGUGGACCUCACUGAGGACUGCUGGAUCCACUUUAAGGAAAAACAAACCAGCUCCAAUACAGAACCAAUAAUCUGAAAUAUUAUCUGUUUUAUUGAGCUGAUGUAAUAACACAAACAAUAAAAAAAAAAUUUGAUUCCCUUUCUGUCUCUUUGGUCUU